GGUGGGUCUGGGGGAAAAGUCAGGUGAAGGUGGUAUUUUAGGUGAUGUGUCUUCCAUUUUGGACAGUUACUCCAUUUUCCUGGCUGGCUUCCAUGUAUACAGGAGGUUUGGACAUAUGUCAUGACAAUAUCAGGAGCAAUAGAAUCAUAUGAAGCAGGUAGAAGUUGCAGGAUUGGGUAUCAGCAUUUCUGGAGACACACCUGACCGAAAACAGAUUUCUGAGCAGACCCAGGACACACCAAGACAGAGCAUCCCUGUUGCCUGUUUUCAGAGAACAGAAGAAAAUGUUCCAGGCUCAGGAAUGCCUGACAUUUCACGAUGUAGCCGUGGACUUCACCUGGGAGGAGUGGCAGCUCCUGGACCCCGAUCAGAAGAACCUGUUCAGGGACGUGAUGUUGGAGAACUUUAGCAACCUGGAGUCAGUGGGGUAUCAGGCCAGCAAACCAGACACGCUCUUCAAGUUGGAACAAGGGGAAGAACCAUGGACAGCACAGGAUGAACUCCACCUUCUAGUCUGUGCAAAAUUCAAGAAAGUUGGUGAUCCUCUGCAUUGUUUCUUGCGAAGUCCAAGUAUUCAGAAGAAUGUGAGACAAUGCUAUGAACAUAAUAUGUUUGCAAAUAUUGUUAAUAAGAGGAAAGAUUUCUGAACAGAAAUUUAGAGCAGACCCAGAACACACCGAGACAGAGCUGCCCCAUCGCCAGCUCAUUCUAGAGAACAGAAGAAAAUGCUCCUGUUUCAG